GCCUCUCGUGCCCGCGGCCGCGCUCGGCUGUUGUGAGGUGUCCGGGCGUGUGUCGCCGUCUCCCCCUCUCUCUCUCUCUCUCUCUCCCGUUCUCUCUCCCGUUCUCCCAUCCCAUCCCCGCCCGUGUUUUCUCCUCCGCCUCGCGUUCAUGGCCGCCCGCUCGGCUUAAAAGGCUUCUCACCGACAAAGAGUUGCUCCUCUGGCUAGAAGGCAUUGGUUUGACGAUCGAAGUUUAAAAUGGCAGCUAACAAGAACAAAAACCAGAGCUCGCUGGCCCUGCACAAAGUGAUUAUGGUGGGCAGCGGUGGUGUGGGCAAGUCGGCACUCACACUGCAGUUCAUGUACGAUGAGUUUGUGGAAGACUAUGAGCCCACGAAGGCUGACAGUUACAGGAAAAAAGUAGUUCUGGAUGGUGAGGAAGUCCAGAUAGAUAUCUUGGACACUGCUGGGCAGGAGGACUAUGCAGCCAUUCGGGAUAACUACUUUCGCAGCGGGGAGGGUUUUCUCUGCGUCUUUUCCAUCACUGAGCAGGAAUCUUUUACAGCCACUGUAGAGUUUAGAGAACAGAUCCUCCGUGUGAAAGCUGAGGAAGACAAGAUCCCAUUACUCUUGGUGGGGAACAAGUCUGAUUUGGAAGACCGGAGGCAAGUGUCUGUUGAAGAAGCCAGGAGUAAAGCAGAAGAGUGGGGGGUUCAAUAUGUCGAGACUUCAGCCAAAACGAGAGCCAAUGUAGAUAAGGUAUUUUUCGACCUCAUGAGGGAGGUACGAGCAAAGAAAAUGUCGGAGAACAAAGACAAGAAUGGGAAGAAAAGCAGCAGGAACAAGAAGAGCCUGCGAGAACGAUGCUGCAUACUGUGAAACCCCGUGCUGUGAUUAAUGAGGAUUAUCUACCACAAUCUGAACUUGUGCGCUUACAUUUCAUUUACGUCUCCAUUUGUUUAAAAAAAAUAUUGCUCACUGUUUAUUUUUAGAGUCAAACAGUGUUUGUUCAGAGUAUUGAGAAUCAAACUUCCAAGUUUGGUUUGUUGCCAAUGAAUUACUCUUUGAACUACUGUCAAAUAACUUGUAUUCUUUGGAUCUGCCUGGUAUCACCUGCGUUUUAUUCUGGGUACGUUCAUUUGAACAGUUCAUAUCGAGCACUACCGUGCUUCCAUUUUUGAUCUGUAUUUUUUCACUUAUCCAGUUAAUGAACUAAUCCAUCAUAACGUCUCCUUUUGAGGUCAGUCUUCGUAAUAAUGGCCAGCAUUUGUAACGUGCCACAAGCAAAUUGGCAUUUUGUGGAAACUGCAGUAUGUUACAGCAGUAUUCUACAUUUUGAAAAUGGAGGUUCUCAUUGAAAUGCCAAGGUUUCAUGUUCAAAAAGCACAUGUGAAAAAGCAGUUCUCACCUCUAUCUCUAAAUUGCACCACUCGUGGUCUUAAGAUGCAAUCAAACCUGCAAUAUGUUCCAUCCAGCAAAUCCUGGGGAAGGUUGGGAAAGAGGGAGGGAAGUGGAUUUAAAACCUUGCUUAAAUCCAGUGUUUAAUGGUUACAUUUUUUUGGUGCCAUUUUAACUUAACUACUUUUUUGUAAAAAGAUCUUGCGACAUUUCUCAUGUAAUGGAAGUAAGUGGGAACGUUCUGCUAUCUGCACUCCUUACAGGUGCAAUCAUUUAGAGAUGCUUUUUCACACCAGUUCACUUCACUUUUAAUGUAGUUAAGUCUGUCUGACUACGGUAGUCUUAAUCCUCCACUAGCACUUUUUCCCCCUUAUUACACUAUUGGUAUUGUGCACCUUUUACAGGAAAUAUUUCAGUGAGCUGAUUUUAAAAAAAAAAUUCACUGUCUAGAUUUUGUUCUCUGAGCCCAUCAUUUUGGAUUCACUACCUCCCUGUGCUAUAUUACUUACUGGUUGCUGAAAGUGGAUUUUUUUUGAGUACUGGGAUUCAGGAUUCAUGCACAGACACCAGAAAAAGUAUUCCUCGCAACACCAGUAUGUACAUAAGUAAGGUGUUUACGUUGUGUUAUCUGCCUUUUUAGACAAGGUAUUAGCAUCAUGGAAAGUUUAAAAACAAUUUGUAGGGACAACUGCUGUCUUCUGGCAGAUUGCUUUAAGCACACAAUACAGUAACAAUCAUAGGUUAUAAGUGCAGUCUUCUAUAGUCUAGAAAUCAAUUGCCCCGUUCUUUCAGAUGUUUUUAAGAACACAAAUGACCUGUGUAAAGUGGACCAAGUAACUUGCACGGAUUAUAUUUUUAGACAUUUGUAAAGAGAAAUUGGAUGGUAAUUUCUGUGUAACCUCAUGUGAAUGACUUGUACAUGUCUCGGACUACGCUGACCUGUGUUUUUAAGAACUAUUUCUGAACACUGUUAGAUUGUUACUGUAGGUUAAUGCAUUAAAAAAAACACUAGAUUAUUGGGACAGAACAAUUUAUACAUUUGCCUUAACAUUAAUUGCAUGCGAUGUUAAUUUCUCCCUCACUUUCCUUUGGGUUAUUAGAAAGAUUUUCAUUAAAAGCCAUCCUAAUUAACUCUGAGGAACUCUUUGGUGGUUCAAGGGGUUAGGACACUAGCUAGUAAUAAAUUGGUAUUGUAUUUGCCAAACUAGUAGUUUAGAUCAAUUUACCAUGUUAAGGACUUUCAAUAAAUUCUUUAUUUCAAGAUGGCAUUUCCUGAUGUUGAAAAUAAAACUCAAGAAUAUUCUCAUCAUGAAACAUUUGAAACUUGCUCCCAACAAUGAAUACCAAUAAAGCCAAUAGCAUAAUCAUUGACUUGGUUCUUGUGUCCAACAUUCCAGCAAAGCCCAAUUUAGUUGGGAUUAGAUAACUAAUUGGUGUCUCCUGUGGAACCUAUGGACCGAGCCACCCUGGAUGGUAAAUUGUGCAAACUAUUUAACAUGAAAUAUAAGUGAAGUUAGUUUGGUUAAUGGCGAGUCCGUGGUGUAAAGUGCUUAUAAUUCAAUGCCAAUUGGAAGUCUUAAGGUGUGGCUGGAGUGUGAAAUGGAAAGGGCUCUUAUCGCGGUCGAGGUAUAGUUGAGGGUAGCGCAGAUGAGCUGUACGCUGUCUGAAAUCUGUGUCUCAAGAGCAAACGCAACGUUCAGUGUAACUUCAUUGCUGCAGCUCACGUUGUAUUAAAUUCAUCCACUUUCCAAAGUCUUAGCGUCUCCCAAAGUACAAAAAAAAUCUGUAUCCAUUACUGCUAUCGCUCAGAACAUAAUCAUGGUGUACUAUUUUUUGUGCGUUUACAUUCAGUGUUGUAGUUCGGAGCAUGCAGAAUUUGGGGCAAAAAUCUAAAUUUGGUCAUUACUGUGAGGCGAGAGUUUCUACCAUUUCAAGAACGAACAAAAAAACUGUCCCGAGUUAGCGAAAAAAAAUUGCUGAAUUCAACGCUUAAAGCCUUUUGUAGAAUAACGUGGGAGAGAUUAAGCCGUUUUAUUUUCAAUGCCGUGUUUAUCAAAACUAAAAUGAGGUGCGAGCCUUAACUGAACUAUUAAAUAAAAUAAAUCAGAACUACUCGGGAUGUUCCCUUGCUUGUGGGAAGCUCCCCAAAAAUACUUUCAGUAACUUUUUUUUCCCUCUGUUAAGUUCAAGGACUUACGAGGCCUUAACAAUUAAUUAAGUCAGUCCUUGUAAGUCCUUGAAUUUAACUUUUUUUAAAAAAAAAUAAAGCUAUUGUCUGCAUCUUGCGUGUGGGAGGCUUUAGAACGUGACCUGAAGUGUCCCAAUAAAUGUUACUGAAGUACAUUUGGUUCGGGUCAGAACUCCAGGCAUUUAUCUAAAUAAAUGAAGAAUUUCCCAUUUGUGCUACAUUCCAUUAACCCCGUUUUAUGGACAUUUUUGUUCAAACGAGUCCCAUUUGUCCCUCUACAAAAGCUCCGGUGGAAUAACACGCUUUAAAUUUGCUGCUCGUGCCGCUUGGGAUCGUAGAAGGUUAUUCGGCAAAAGCAACACUCAUCCGGUUUCCUCGAAAGAAAAAUGGUAACGGGCUAAAAAAAAAAUCGGAACGGCAAAUUUACGCACGCGGGGGGGGGGGGGGGGAGUUGAUUAGAAGGAAUCGAUCUCAUUCUGUGAGCCCAAGGAUGAUUCUGUUGCUCUCUUUGAUCUGCAAAAUGUUUCGUCCCCGCAAUCAUUGGUCUCAGAAAGUGUGUCUGGUUUAAAAUCGCGCGCUUGCAGAUGACUCGUACGUAGGCGAAGUGUUCCUGGGUGCUAGUUUAAUAGGGCCACAAAGCACACCGAUGACAUCUACCCAUCUCUGCUGUGAAAUAAAUCAAACGUCGAAAUAGGCAUUUUCUUUACUAAAGAUGUGGUAUCUUAACCAUCGCAAUUUUUUUUUAACGAUUCCUUGUAACGCAACUAAUGUGAAGUUCGGGUUUUUGAACCGAAAUAUUAUGUAAAGGCUAAACUACUUAGUGUUGUAUGUGGAUCUUUCAUACCUUAAUUCUAUUCACAGGAUUCCUAAAUGUUUCUGCCGUGAAUGUUAGUGUGAGGACCUUGAGGUUUUUUUUCUAAAUAAAUAAAUACCUUAUGUAUUGUA